AUGGCUGGAGCCGCAGAAACUAUUGCUGACACUACUCAAUCUCUACUCCACGUUAACGUGUCCAACAUCACAAAACUUACCUCCACAAACUAUCUCACAUGGAGCGUUCAGGUCCAUGCUCUCCUUGAUGGCUACGACCUUGCGAGCCACAUCGAUGGAUCUACACUUCCACCAUCUCAGACGAUCACCACGGCAGAAGUCUCUACCCCCAAUCCUGCCUACACCAAAUGGAAGAGACAAGAUCGACUCAUCUUCAGUGCCCUUCUUGGUACUCUCACGCCCUCCAUCCAAACCGUUGUCACCAAAUCCACGUCCUCCAAGGAGAUGUGGGAUACCGUUGCUGCUACCUACGCAAAACCAAGCCGAGGGCACAUUCAACAACUCAAACAUCAGCUCAAGCAAUUCAACAAAGGUGACAAAACUAUUGAUGAGUAUGUGCAAGGCUUACAAACUCGGUUUGAUCAACUUGCUCUCCUUGGCAAACCUGUCGAGCAUGAAGAUCAGAUUGAGUUCAUCCUUGAAGGCCUCCCUGACGAAUACAAAUCAGUGGUGGAGCAGAUAGAAGGACGAGAUCUUUCACCCUCCAUCACGGAGGUUCAUGAGAAACUUCUUACUAAGGAAGCAAAACUCAUGGCUCAGACUCCUUCACCUGCAACUCCGAUCACGGCGAAUGUUGCUACCGGUCCGACUCGUCGGUUUCAACCACGAAACCAGCCCCGUCACAAUCAAAACUGGCAGCCUCAGAACAACUACAACCGUCAGCAGUCACGACAAGACAACAACACCAACAAUGGUACCACCCGUGGCUAUCAAGGGAAGUGUCAGUUGUGUGGAGUUUUCGGCCACAGUGCGAGACGGUGCCCACAGUUUCCACAAAACCAAAGUGGUCCCUCCAAUGCUAUUCUCCCUACACCAACUCGCCCAUGGCAACCACAAGCACAUGUUGCGACUGCCUCGGCUCAUCCCUCCCACGCUUGGCUCAUGGACACCGGCGCCACUCAUCAUAUGACGAGCGACCUCCACAACAUGUCUCAUCAACAACCAUAUACUGGGAAUGAUGCAGUCCUCAUCGGUGAUGGCUCAGGACUGUCAAUCUCCCACACUGGUUCCAUCUCUCUUCCCUCUUCAUCUCGUUCUCUCUUGCUUAAUCAUGUGCUAUGUGUCCCUCAUAUACGAAAGAAUCUCAUUUCUGUUUACAGACUUUGCAAUGCUAACAAAGUCUCUGUUGAAUUCUUUCCUGCUCACUUUCAGGUGAAGGAUCUGAACUCGGGAAUCCCGUUGUUGCAAGGCAAUACCAAGGAUGAGCUCUAUGAAUGGCCUGUCGCACCAUCUACCUUUCAAUCAUUUUUUGCUUCUACAACUCAAAAACUUUCUUCUAUUGAUUGGCAUCAUCGUCUUGGCCACCCCUCUUUUGCUAUACUUAAAAACAUUGUUUCUCGGUUUUCUUUACCAUGCACUCCAUCGUCUGUAACUCAACCUUCUUUGUGUUCAGACUGUGCAAUCAAUAAAUCUCACAAAUUGCCAUUUGCUCAAACCUCUAUUGUUUCCUCUCGUCCCUUAGAAUACAUUUUUAGUGAUGUGUGGAGUUCACCUAUUCUCUCUAUUGAUAAGUAUAAGUAUUACCUUGUUCUUGUUGAUCAUUUCACCCGAUAUACUUGGUUUUAUCCUCUCCGAUUGAAAUCGCAGGUCCGAGAGACAUUCAUCGCAUUCAAGGAACUGGUGGAGAAUCGCUUCAACACACGGAUUGGAACUCUCUACUCCGACAAUGGCGGUGAAUUCGUGGCUCUCCGAGCUUUUCUCACAAGCUCUGGCAUUUCUCACUUUACCUCACCACCACAUACGCCGGAGCACAACAGGAUCUCGGAACGCAAGCACCGCCACAUUGUCAAGACUGGCCUUACAUUGCUAACUCACUCCGCCAUGCCAAAAAGCUACUGGUCCUAUGCCUUCUCCACCGCUGUCUACUUAAUCAACCGUCAAUCAACUCCGCUUCUCCAAAUGGAGUCGCCGUUUCAGCGCUUGUUCGGAUCAAAUCCCAAUUACUCAAAACUCCGAGUCUACGGAUGCCUCUGCUUCCCUUGGUUGCGUCCGUACACGACGAAUAAACUUGAAGAUCGCUCCACACCAUGCGUCUUCAUCGGCUACUCUCAAACCCAGAGUGCGUAUUUGUGUCUUCAACCCGCUACUGGACGCAUUUACGUCUCCAGGCAUGUCCGCUUUGACGAAUCUGUGUUUCCUUUUGCAAAAGUUGACACCUCUCCUCCGAUGUCUCCUGCUGCGAUCCAAUCGUCUUCAUCCUCUGCUCCGGUGGUUCACAUCCCUCUCACCACAGUCCCGCCUCCGACGGAACCACCACCAACACCUCCGCCAGCGCCAAUCCCGGCUACUGCCACUACGCCGUCCUCAUCAUCUCUGCCGACAGUCUCGACAAACUCCGCCACGGAUCCCACGCCGGAAUCACACUCGUCGUCAUCUGAUUCUUCACCCUCAUCUCACACCAAUUUGGGCCCACUCAAUUCAUCACCACCACAGGCCCAUACUGAUGAGGUCCAUCACUCCAUGUCCUCAAGCCCAUGUACUGAUACGGCCCAUUUCCUAUCACAAGCCCACUCUGAAAGUCAAUCCCCCUCUCCAUCGAUCUCGUCGUCCCCGUCGUUCUCAUCGCCUUCCUCUGCUGAUUCCUCAACUCCACCGCCGGUGCCACCACCUCCGGUACAACCGCCGCCAAUUCCACCUCUGGAGAAUGCUCACCAGAUGACCACUCGCCGCAAGAAUCUCAUCACGAAACCCAACCCCAAAUAUAACUAUUCUGCGGCGCUCUCUCGCUCUGUCCCAGCUGAACCACGGACCCUUGCUCAAGCUCUCAAAGACAAACGGUGGAGCGGGGCUAUGUCGACUGAAAUUGACGCUUUCGCGGUGAAUCGAACCUUUGACCUUGUGCAAGGCGCGCUUGGUCGCCAAGGGAUACACGGACAAGACUAUACUGAGACCUUCAGUCCCGUCAUCAAAGCAACUACCAUCCGCACUGUCAUUGACAUCGUUGUGUCUCGUUCUUGGCCUCUGCUCCAACUAGACGUCAACAACGCUUUUCUCCAAGGGACGUUACAUGAAGAAGUCUAUAUGGAUCAACCUCCUGGUUUUGUCGAUGCCGAUCGCCGGUCUUAUGUUUGCCGUCUUAACAAAGCCGUGUACGGAUUAAAGCAGGCUCCGAGAGCGUGGUACACAGAACUAAGCUCCUUCCUCAUCAGUCUCGGCUUUGUCAACUCACUUGCGGACUCUUCACUGUUCAUUCUCAAAACCGGUACUCAUUUCAUCUACCUACUCGUCUACGUGGAUGAUAUUUUAGUCACUGGAAGCAACAAGGAUCAUAUUCACCGGAUUCUGCAACUCCUUGCUGAUCGGUUCUCAAUUAAAGACCCUGAAGACCUCAACUACUUCCUUGGUCUAGAAGCCAAGCGCACCGCAGCUGGUCUUCAUCUCUCCCAACGUAAGUAG